UUAAAUUAACUACAGUACAAUUUAAUACUUAAAUAAGCUCUUUACGUCUAAAUGACAAAUUAGAGCUUUUUACGGAAAAAAAGAAAAGUCUUAGAUCAAUGAAGUUUUAUCAGAUACUUUGAUAACGAGUUAUUCAGCCCAAAUGUUAUGUAAGAGGAGCUAGAUAUCGAUUUAAACAAUUCAAGCUGUUAAGGCGGUGUUAUUUGUUUGCGUGUUCUAGAGAAUCUAUUCCAGCAUUGCAAAAACAAGAAGAAAGUUGCGGAUUCGAGCUACCAAGGAGCAACUGGCAUACAAAGGAUAAUCAUUCUAAAUAAUUAUCAUACAGAGCAGUUUAAAAAGUAUUCUGCAAAAAUUUAUGUCUUCUUGCAUUAGCCUUUACAAAGUCAUGGUCUGUUAAACAGCUGUAUCAGGGUACUGUGGCGAAAGGACGCUACAGUUUUAAGGCGGGUAAUGGAGGCGCUAAGUAGGAAAUCUGAAAAGAAGUUAAAUAUUAAUCAACUACCGUACCUACCGUACGGUAUCGUAUCAAGAUUCAGUUACAUCUCAGCGAUUUGGCUCAUUAAGAAACUCUUUCAAAGUUUCUUUUCUUUAGUUAAGUAAGCGAUGGCGAUUUUUGCAAACCUGAUCUUAGAUUGGGCAAAAUAGAUACAAAAACUAUUUGUAAACUGUGAGAAGACAUUUUGCCAAGUAUCCUUUCCAAGUACACUUUUAAAAUACACAUGCCUCCGGUUACGGAAAGUGAACUUCGACAUUGUAAUGACGCUUUCCAUGACGCAACCUCCGUCUUUAUAUAACAGGCAAUCGAUAAGCAAUUCUAAAGCACUUGCAAACAAGGGGUAUACGCUAGGCCGUGAUUUGUUUUGUUUUCAUAGACGCGGGUUUCGUAUUGUCAGCUAAAGCCAAUUGUCUGUCGAAAAAAAUCUAAGAAAUCGAGUUGCUAAUUGUUGCUAUCGUUUUCUGCCGUGUCAUAGAAGAAAAGGAGGUGCGCAAUUGUGGAAACAUUUCAGGCGUUUUAAACGAUGUUCACAAAAGGAAUCGGAUGUGUGUACAGACUGGUAAAAUUUUACAAUUAGAACUGGUAGCCGCCAUAAAGUCGGGCAUCAUCUUCUGUUACAUUCAGUACAUUGUUGGUUAAACAAAUUUACAAACCAAUAAUCAUUAUUUCUUCAGCUGAGUGCAAUGAACUGAUUAAAGGUGCUUAAACGCAUCAAAUGUCAACUUGUAGCGCAAUCUGAAUCGCUGCAGCUCAGAGGAGGGUCGACACAGCAAACCUCUUUCGCGCGUGAUCAAAACUGCUAGGGGUAAAGAGAGAUUAGCGGAAGUGGGGCCAAGAUCUACUUCGUAUUUGGUGAAGAAAAGACAUUAAGAAGAAGAGCCGUUCUAAAGUAGAGAAGUAGAGAGAAAUCUAAAGGUUUACCAAAGAUUGCUGUUGGCUUUUCUAAGAAAAAGAACUGAGGUGAAAGAAGCUGAGCACUGACCUAAAGGAGAGCCAAAGCAAAACCUAAUCUCACAUCUUAUAACAGUACAUGAUAUAUUCAAUAGGAAUUUAUAAAGGAAAUAUUUAAUGACAGCGACGCUUGAAAACUUGAAGCACAAUGUCUGAAAAGUAUUGCAUUGACAAGAUACUAGAAAAGCCUGGAACGAUAACACCGGAAAGAAGAUUUGAAAGACACGAAGUUCGGCCGUCUGGACAGGAGAGCAGAGCAUUGGAAGAUGCAAGUGACAGCAAGAGACAUUUCGAAGAGGGUUUUAUGCUGCAUGUUCCAAGGGAAUACCAAAGACCUGUAGCAUACAGGCCAGUAGAGUCUGUGUGUCGAGUAAAAGGAACAAGAUGUUACUGUCAGGAGCCUCCACGACAUGCACUGCCCGCAUGGGUUGGAGACGCACCAUGCUCUCACUACGAGAAUGCAUACGAAUAUCGUACCUACAUAAGACAACCAUACUACACAACAGAUGAUCGAGAACAUACAGCAUUUGGCAACAGUUCCUUGGCAACGAGAAUCAAGCAGCAACAAUCUGUUAGCUCCACAGGGGGAUCAAGAAAAAGGAAACGUCAUCGAACGGCCUUCACGCCCACUCAACUUUUGGGUCUCGAGAAUGCGUUUGAGCAAAGCCACUACUCUGUUGGGGAGGAGCGCAAACAACUUGCCUCUUUCCUUGGCCUGAGCGAGACACAAAUCAAAGUUUGGUUCCAAAAUAGAAGGACAAAGUGGAAAAGAAUCAGGAAAGAGGCUGAAGAAAUGAGCUUAACUGAUGACGAGGCUGAUUCUGACCACAAGUACGAGAUUCACAUUCCUAGGUGCGAGCCAUAUUGUCAGCGGUCUGAAGGCGUGCACCUAUCACAUGAGCAGGAGCACAGAUGCGACAAAAGAUGGCCGCCAGUGCAUCAUGCUUGGAACCAAGAUCGAGGACGGUUUUGAUCCUUUGAAGACAUUAGCGUCGCACCAAAACAUCCACGACAAUUCAUUAUCAUAAACAUAUCUUUUAUAACUAUCUGAAAUAUUCGUAGAACUAGUACCAAAAGUUUAGAAAAUGAUUUGCCGGAGCUAAAUGACCAACUUUGAAAAACCAAAAACCAAAUUUACGUAGUCCGGUGCCGUUUUUCGAACUCAUUUCCCUGUUUUAAGACACGAAUCUGAUUCUCCUGGAUCUCAAAAGUAUCUUAUAUUCGUUAGUAUUUUAGGAAAAGAAGUUACCUUUACAAAGCUUCAUUAAACUGUUGAACACUGUGAUUUUAAAAAUGUGAUCAAUGUAUAUGUACAUAACUAAUAAUGUAGCAUAGACGACACAGGAUUGUAGCAUGUGGAGGUGCCUUAGUGUGGAGGUAACCGUUGUGUGGAAUUUUCCGUUGUAAUUACGUCCGUUGGAAAACUUUUGGAAUAAUGGCGUCUUAGGGAUGGCAAGAAACUAUAUCUCAAAUGGAUUUUGACUGAAGGAAAAUCCGAGGCAAUAUACCUAAGCUUUGUUUUAUUAACAUGUCCCAUAGUCUAGUCUGUUGUAAUGUUGACUUGAAAUAAGAAAGGUCUUGCAAAGUUUUUAGAAUAGCCGUAAUAAUAUAGCUCGUAAUGAAACUUUUUUUAGAUUUUGAAAUUACCCAAAAUAGGAUGGGGAGAAAAAAAAACAAAACGCGGUUUAAUAAAAAACAUCAACAUUGAAAUAUCAAAAGUAGAACUAUCAAAUUAAAAUCAAGCAUUGCUGUAAAGAUGGGAAAUUAUUUUGUAACAUCUGAUCAAAACGAGUUUUAAUAGACCUUACAAUUGCAUCUAUCUUUUUUCUUUCUUAGUAAGAAUGGAUUAUCCAAACGAUCAAACUUUGAAGUUUUCUUGAUGAUACGUUU